GAUUCUAUUGUCGAUCAAGAAGCUCUUCCGAGAUGAAGAAAGACGGAAUCAUCUUCACGACCUCCCUUGCCGCCGCGUCUUCACUGAUUUCCUCUUUCUUUACCUAUGAUUAUCGAGCCGGAUCUCCCUUUGGUAACGAGAGUUAUCCAUCUUUGGAGUCGAAGGAGGCGAGAUCUGGAUCGGCGAGAGGCGGAGACAGUGAUGAUAAGUUUGCUCCGAGUUUUGAAGGGCUGAGGUUUAUUGAAACUCUGGUUACGGCGCACAGUGACUUUGGGCAAAUUAUUACGUUCGGACACCGGACGUGUUUGGAGCACAAUGAAAAUGCGCCACAUCAAUUACUAUUCGGUACUGAGCAAUACCAAGCAGUACCGAGCUCUGCUCGGUACCGAGCACUUCACAGUACCAAACUCAGUACUGUUAAUACCGAGCGUAGGCUGUUUCAGGUGUCUGAACCCAAUAAUCUCCCGUGACUUUGAUAUCAAUAUCCUACUAAAAUUAAUAUUUGGAGGUUGGCGUGAGAUAAAUACAAGUUGUUUGAAAUUAGAAGGGAGUAUUUUGAUAUUGAAAAUAAUAUGAGUUGUUUCUUUCUUUAUUGUUCUAGAUUUCUACUUUGGAUUUGAUUAGAAUGAACUAAUUUGAUAUAAA